AUUAGUCCUCUGGAAGCAACAAGUCCACGAAUAAGUUUGAACAGGACGAGCAGAUUCCUGUUUGACCAGUUUCACCGUCAACCAUCACGGUCGUGGGCGGGGCUGAGACGUGACACCCGCACUAACGUCAUCACGUCACUAAUAAAACACAUUUAUUUAUGUUUUUAGGUGGCGGCAGUGAGCAGACACGCGUCAGUCAGGUCGAAGAAGAAAAAGCGGCAAAAAGGCGGAAGUCCUGCUUUUUUAAUGGACGAACAUUUCAUCCAGCGAGUUUGUUUUUAAGUUAAAGUUGGUGUUUGGGACUGAAGUUAUACUUGCACAAAUGGUCUCCACCACCCCCAACUCCGACGUGAGGCAGAAAGAUGCCGAUCAAGCCUUGGUCGUCGCCAUCUCGUCUUCUGCCGUGUUCGAGGCUGCCGAUGAAGGCGACGAGGUGCACGGUGUGGGCGUGGCCUUCUUACUGCUGCAGGCGUUGCAGAGUGUGAAUCGACGUCUUCUGGCGGAAAAUCCCGAGGAGUUGCUGCUCUUCGACGUGCUUCUGAUCACCACCGACAGCAGGGGCCAGCGGCAGAGCGCUCGCAUCGUCAACAGUACCAAACAUUACGGUCUGGAAGUCAGCAGGUUCUGUUUUGCCAGCCAGGACGACUUCAUUGAGAGUUUGCUCCAAAACAAAGUGCAGCUUUUCCUGUCCACGCAUCAAGAUGAGGUUUCACACGCCUCCCACAGAGGUGUUCUGUCAGCGCUGUUGGACCAGCAGACGUCCUUGUGUCCAUCGGAGCAGCUCAGAGUCUUGUUCUGUGGCGACGAAGGCCCGACGCCGGCAGACAGCCAAGCUGCUCAGCAUUUCUGGUGUCGGCUGGGGGCCAUGCGGCGGCGGUUCGGCGUCCUCGACAGUCCGCUCAGCAUCAUCGCUAUGACGUGUCGCGGCGGCAUGGACCGCUGCGGCGACGCGCUGAAGACGCUGCGUUCCCACGACGUCAGCGCAGAUGAGGCGUACUGCCUGGCGGGAGCGCCCCGUGGCCCUAUCCUGUCUGUGCUGCGUCCUCACUUCCUGCUCGGCGGCCUGCUGUGAUGCUGCUGCGUUGUCACGUGAGCACCUGAACACACCACGCUCAAUGUCACGUGAGCACCUGAACACACCACGCUCAAUGCCACAUGUUAAUACCAAAUAUGUAAUCCUCCAUUUCCCUCUCUUUGAAUAAAGCAUCAAGAGGAA